AUCGUAAAAGCCGACUGUCAUUGUCAGUUGUACUCUUUGGUACUCUUUGGUUUUAAGUAGACUAGAAAGCAUGGAUCCGUUCCCUUCGACAAACCUUUCUCCUUCUGCGGCCCAUUUUCCCCCGACAGCACGCCGUGCUCAUAUAUGGUAAAACUAUUUUUGGCUCCCGUUUUCUGUUUAUUUCUUUUUUGCCCCUUCAAAACACUCGAGGAGCCCACCACACCUUUAAAUUCCAGCCUUGCUAUGGUCUCUGCUGCGCUAUCAUGUGAGACAUCAAGUUGGGUGGUGGUGGGGGGGGGACCCAUUAUUCUGAGCAGCCAUCCAUGUGACAGGAGUCAUCAACAAUCAACUUCAAAUGUCUUGCAGCAACACUAUCAGAGUUUUCAUGCCCCCAUAUUCUUCUCAUGCUCAAGAACCACCAUUUUGAAGGCUUGCAUUGUGGCCAAGAUUUCUCUCGAGAAGUGCAUUCUUCCGUGCAUAAGCAAAAUACUUGCUGGGUGGUUAAUUAGUUCUGGAUCCCACACAAGCACCUUAUCUCAUGACCCAGCGAUCCACCACUGUUACCAUCAUAUGGUUCACCACCCCGCUCCCUUCUUGACGACCGGGCAUUCAGACCUGCUCUGCCUUCUUGGCCUCGUUUCUCCAUGUAACCCUCGAAUGUUUACUCCAGAGUCCUAAAUCCGGUCAAGAGAGCAAACAUGUGAUGAUGGAAGUCAGCGGACAGAUGGGGAGGGAUUGAGAACUCAUCCACGGCAAAGGACAUUUCUUCUGCUGGAAAGAUAGUAAAGGGGUCGAUAUCCUUGUCGGUGGAAAGUUCAGGGACUCACUCUUCGAACUGCAUGUUUACAAACCCCUCCCAGCAGGUGGGUUGACUAGAUGUAUGUGGACGAGCUGGGGGUCAUGGCGGACAAACUGGCAGUAGCUACAGUUCAUCCUACUGGGUGAGCGGAGAAGUAGAUCAUGACGGAGCCCAUUCAAUGAACAGCGUUGCUGCUGCGCAAGGACGAGGGAUCGGCAGC